AUGUGUCACCAUAAAUGGCUAAAUUGGCUGGAUGGUGAUGUUGAUCAUGUCAGGGUGAUUUCAUUCGAUCUCAAGAAAGCCUUUGAUUUCGUUUCUCACAACAUCAUUUGCAAGAAGCUAGGAAAAACCAACAUUAAUCCAUAUGUAAUAAAUUGGAUUAGAAAUUUUUUGACUGAUAGGAGACAAAGAGUAAUAGUAAACGGAAUAAAAACAAAUUAUGUAGACAUAAACAAAGGAGUACCGCAAGGAACAGUUCUUGGACCAUUUCUAUUUUCCUUAAUGAUAAAUGAUCUAACAGUCAAAGAUCCAAAUAACAACAUACUAGUCAAAUUUGCAGAUGAUAUGACUGUUAGCGCUCCAGUGAAAAAUAAUUAUGACUCCGCACUAGCUGAGGUAGACAAUAUUGAAAAAUGGACGGAAACAAACAGAAUGUCAUUAAAUCUAGGUAAAACAUGGGAAAUGGUUGUAAGUGGCAAAUCAACAAAUCCUUUACCAGAACCAAUAACGGGUAUCGAACGCAAGACUUGGCUGAAACUAUUGGGAACCACACUGCAGAAUGAUCCAAAUUGUUGGGACCUUCAAGUUAAUAAUUUGAUAUCUAAAGCUAGUAGUCGAAUGCACAUCUUGAGAAUAUGCAGAUCGUAUGGCUACUCUAAAAAAAAUUUAACAAUUCUCUUCGACGCACUUAUUAUGUCUUUAUUUUCUUAUGGAAUCGAAGUAUGGGGUUCUGCACUUGAAAAGAAGUACCUGGAACGGAUUGAUAAAUUUCUUAGGCGAGCAUACAGAUAUGGAUACACAACAAAAAGUGUUCAGAUAAUUGAUGUGAUUAAAGAAAGAGACAUGAGUUUAUUUGAAAAAAUAUGUAGCAACCCAGACCACCCUUUAUACGAACUACUUCCUCCUAAAAGACAAAGACCGUUAAGAGAACGCGAACACGAUUUCAUAUUACCUAAGGUUAAAACAGAAAGAUUCAAACGGUCGUUUUUAAAUAGGUGUUUUUUUAAUAAUUUUAGCUAAAAUAAUUAACUUAGAUACAUAAUAAUAACUUAGUCUUAGUCUUUUUAAGAAUUCUACCUAAGAAUAAUUAACUUAGAUACAUAAUAAUAAUUAAGUUUAUUUUUUUUUUUUGGAACCUUGUACAUGAGAAUUUUAAAUGUAAAGUCACACGUCUGUUGUGGCUAUGUUUAAUAAAGACUUAAUAAUAAUAAUAAUAAUAAUAAACCCCCCUCGACCGCAUAUCAUAGCAUGGUCUACGUUGAAAGGCACUCCACAUACGCAGUUUGAUGGGAUAUCACUAAGUGGCCAAUCGUAUCUCAGCUUCAAAGCAUCCUUAAACUCUUGCUUGUUCAAAUUGAAACCCAUAUCUGAAAUUGGCAGAACUUAAGCUUGUAGCCAAGCAGAAGCUCCUUUUUCUGAGGCAAGGUCUAGCAUACGUUUUGAUUUUGGCGAUACUGAGUUGAUAAUCAGAUCAGCUUUCUCUUUUGCGAUUUCAUUUUUCACUUGCCUUGCUUUCCUUUUCAGUGCUUGUACGUCCGAUUGGUCAGGUAAUUCAUGCAUUUGUGAUUCAAUUUGACGUACUAGUGAACCUGUUACUUGCAUAGAGGCUGCGUAUUCCUUCGUUGCUUCAUGACAUGGAUUUGGAAUUCCUAGACCACCAUUUCGUACGGGUAAAGCGAGAAUGACGCGUUCGAGCUGGGUGCAUUCAUGAUUUGUCAACGCCGGUAGAAAGAUGUUGGAAAUUGCAUCUCUAAAGGUUGUAUCAAAUCUUGGAUGUCUGGUAAUGUUCGGAGAAAAUAUGUCCAUCGGUGUUUCAGACCAAACAUAUGUACCGCGUAGCUCGCUUGAGGUUGUGACACCGCAAAUUUGGCUAGCUUGGUUACUUCUUCUAACCAUCCCUCGACUUUCUCAUUAACAUAUUCAACCAAAUAUGACCGUGAUCCCACAGCUGCUCCUAGAUGUUUCCGUCCUUGCGUUGUUAUGUCAAUUGUUGUUUCCCCAAAUGACCCUCUUGCAAUAUUUUCUUUCUGCGGUUUUACGAUCAACCAACAUUUUCUCACCUUUUGGGUAAAAACCAUAAUCAGGCCCGAUUUCAGAUAACGUAUCCCACCACUUGUUUACCUCUGUUACAGACCCUGCACUACUUGCAUCGUCUGCAAACCAGCACUGCUUGGCAGAACUUACAACAUGGAGGUGUCUGAUGAGUGGCUGAAGACUAAUUGCGUAGAUGGCCGUUGACAAGGGUCACCCUGUGUUGUUCCUUCCGAAGAUUUCAACUCCUGCCCACCCACUACAAACAAUCGUGACGGUAGUCUGUACGUGUUGAUGGCGUAGACUGCAAUAGAUGGGCAGAGGACACUGGAAUUAUGAAGGGCAGCAGCCCUGUUUAAGGCAUUAUUAUAAUAAUAAUAAUAAUAAUGGAAACUUUAUUUAUUGAUUAUUAGGAUAUAUACAACUACAAAGAUAAACCUCGCUUUACAGGUAGUUUAUCAAUGUCUACUUGAAUUGAUACUAUAUAUUUAUUGUACAAUAAUUAUUUUAAGAAGGAUUAUAUUAACAUUAAUUUUGGUUAUCCCACACCUUGUUUCGUUUACAAAAUACAUAAUAUGAUGUUCGUAUACAUAUGUUCACGAUUUGCUUUUUUAUGUAUUUACUAUACUUGGCAUCACAUUUAAGGCUACUUAGCAUGCCAUCGAAAUUUUCAGAAGAUCGGCCAAAAACUCCGAGGGUACUCAAGGAUAAAUUGACGAGCUUGACUUUAUCAUAAUCUGCUUCCUGCUCAUUGAUUAGAUCACGGUAGAUUUAAACGGAACCAAUCUCCUUAUAUUAGCUGGAACAAACGUUGUGGCUGAUCUUGUUGGAAGGAAGGAAAAGAGAACUGGAAAGGAGCAGGAACCUUUUUGGAGGGGGAGGAUGAAAAAACAAAUUAAGGAUAUAGAGAGUAACAUCACCAGAUUGGAACAAUGAAGGCUAGAUAAAUUGGAAAGUAAAUACUGGAAAGUAAGACUUCAGAAAAAGUAUUUCGUAAAGAAUAAGGGAGUAUGAACAGUAAUUGAGGAACUGAAACAGAGAGUGAAGGCAAUAAAGGCAAAUUAGAAAGUAUGAUGCUAGAAAUGAUACUUUUCAUAAAAAUAGGCUGUUUGAAACAAAUCAGAGGCUUUUGUUCGAGAAACUAGUGGGGAUGGAAAGAGGAAUUGAUGUCAAGCCCAAUGCGGAAGAGAGUACAACAUUCUGGAAUGGAAUAUGGCGACAAGAUGUAAGGCAGAAUGAGAAAGCUGAGUGGAUGAGAGAUAUUGAGGAAAAGUGCAAAGAUAUUAAAAGACAGGAUGAUAUCAAAAUAAACGUAGAGGAU